AUUUUAUUCAAUACGAUAUAUAACUUAAGGAUGAUUAAAUAUGAGUAUACAAAUUUUGCCGAGUAACUACAGUCUAAGUUUUGAUUUUAGUUUUGAUUUUAUCAAAAUUUAAGCAAAUUUGAUCUUGUCAAUGCAUAAUGCUAUCCUUAAGGAAAAAUGUAUAGAUCAUGCGCAUGAAUAGACAGCAUUAAUCUAGUUCUACAGGGAGUGAUUGAUAUCUAAUUUGCCAUUUGCUAAACUUGACAAAAUACCAGAUCAUCAUCCAGCAAUUUAUUAACCUUUAUUUACUCUAUAAUAGACAAUUAAAAAAAAGAAAGAAACAAGAAAAGGUAGAAACCGAAAAAAAUCGUAUUUUCUUAACAAUUUUCUAAGCGAGUGACAUUAAAACUCCUGUGCAUUCGAUCUUCUACUUUAGGGUAGUUAAGUUAUUAAUGAUAUUACUCUUCCUAACAAGUCUGACUGAGUCUCCACUAUUUGCCAAUUUUAUCAUUUUAAGCACCAUCUGCUAAGCAAGGUAUCCUUAUUUCCCUUUAUAUUUUGUAUCAACGAACUUUUUGACGCGGUAAUUUAUUCAGCCAUUCACAAGUUAUAUAAAUUUAUAGACUGGCAAGUCGUUACAAACAAGUUUGUUCCUAAUGUGUUGCUAGCUAUAUGAUUCGCCUUGAUUUCCUUUUUGUCUCGAUAAUACUUUUUAAUCCAAAUACACGCAUUUAAUACAAAUAUCUAGUAUGUUCUUUUUCUUUUAUUUGUUCUGAUAUAAGUGUAAGUCGAUGAAGCAUAUAUGAUUUUUAUAAAACAUGAUAAUUGUAAACGAUUAUGAAUAAUAUAAUGCAGUUUUUGUAAGUGAAAACAAAUAUAUUACAAUUAACAUACUGUUUUUGUUUGUUUGGGUUUUACGUCACGCCGACACAGUAUAGGUCAUUUGGCGACGUUCCAGCUUUACUGGUGGAGGAAGCAUUAUUUCAGGCACGAACGGGCACCUGAGUAGAACCACCGACGUUCCGUAAGCUAGCUGGAUAGCUUCCUCACAUGAAAGAAUCCAAAGUCCCUGUCGGGAUUCAAACCCACAGAGGUGAGGGGCAAGUGGUUUAACAUAAUGUAAUCAGUUGUGACACGUAAUUGCGAUAAAAAUCAAGAUUACGUUUUAAAACUCUUUGAUAUUAUUUCGGCUCAUCAGUUUGCAAAUUACUUACAGGCAUAAUAAAUAUUCAAGCCUUAUGGUAUAUUCAAUUAACAAGUAUAAGAGUCAGUAUUACUUACUAAAAUCUUUCAGGUUGAAUUUCUUCUACAUUGGUACGUAUCGUGCCGAAAAAAACAUUAAAUUCGGACAAAUUUGCUUGCUUCUUUUCUUUUUGAAGAAUGUUUACGGAGGAGGGGGAGGAGGAGGUGGAGCCACGGCACCUCCUCCUCCGCCGUUGGACUUUACAAUGUUACUAGCUGCUGCCCGGCAAAACCAGGGUCAUCUGACAAACAUCAUAAACGGGAUUCAGCAAACGAUUGCACAGCAAGUUGCCGCCAUUUCAGACAUAGCAAAUACAAUUGCAGAUGAUGCGUCAGGCAUCAACAAACGGGUUAUUUUAGAGAAAGUAAAUGAUCUAGGCAGUACGUUCACAGAUACAAACACCAAAUCCAGCUUAAUACAAAGCAGUGUAAAUCACAUGAAUGAAAACAUUGAUUCUAUCCUGCAAGUUGCACAGUCAGUCAAUGAUAUAACCGAUACUGUAAAGGGAACGACGAACCAAAUUGAACAAAGCAUGGCAUCGAUCGGGUCUUCCUUUGAUCAUAUUGCAGAAAGAAUCAGUUCUACCAGCCACACCACAAACGAAAUCAAGACGCAAACUGAUUCCAUUCAGAGUUUGGCCUCUGAAACAAACAGGAAAACGGACAUGUUACGAAGUUUGUUCGACAACUUCGCUAGAAUCACUCGACAAACAGUUCAAACGGCCAGAUGUUUGUUUGGAUAGACUUGAACGAUACACCUGACUACGAACCAGCCAUUUUCAAAAUUACGAUUUAUUAUUGAAUAUUUACAUAUUGUAAAUUAAAUUCAAUAAAUAACAAA